CUCAAUAUGCCUCGUGUCUAGCGUACAGCACUUGAUUAAUAAUGAAACCUAAAACCCCAACAUAAACAGAAUUGAAAAGGGCAAAAAAAAAGACCACAGCUCAUGAAAUGUUACAUCAUCUCUUUCCAGUGUUGUCUCGUUGUUUGUUUUCUUUUUAGGCCCAAAGCCAUGAAAACCUAGAAAAUUCUUUGUUACCAAACCUUUUCAUUACUUCUGCACAAGGCAAUAAGUAAGCCAUGAAAACCUAGAAAAACCUUUGUUACCAAACCUUUUCAUUACUUCUGCACAAGGCAAUAAGUAGCUAGCUUCAUACUUUUUCCUUCAUCUUUCUAGGUUAUGAGUGAAGUCUCUCCAGCAAGCAGCAGAGACCCCUCUAUGGAAAAUGAGGAGGAAAAUAGAGAAGAAGAAGAUGUGGAUCGAGGAGGGCAUAGAUUAGUGUUACCAGAAGAUGGUUAUGAAUGGAGGAAAUAUGGCCAAAAGUUCAUUAAAAAUAUUGGAAAGUUCAGAAGCUAUUUUAAGUGUCAGAAGCAAAACUGCAAUGCUAAGAAGAGAGUAGAGUGGAGAAGCUCCAAUCCUGACAAUAUCAGGGUAGUGUAUGAUGGGGUGCACACCCAUAAUGCCUCCUCCCAAUCUGCUAACCAGUACAACUUGUUGACUCAAGUCCUUGGAGAUCAACCAACUUCACAAUAGUAUUAAUGUUGGAUUCCUUAAUUGAGUACUAAUCAUAUUUAAUUAGUGUAGCAUAUAUUUAUGUCUCCAGUGCCCCAUUUUUCUAAUCAAAAUCCAAGCCCUACAUUGUUUCUUGAGGUUUUAUAUUCUGCAAUCUGCACCAGAUUGUAAUGUGGACUAGUCCGAUAUAAUAUGUGCGUGUCAAAAUCUUGCAUAUUCUUUUUGAA